GCACUUUCUAGGGCACUUCCCAGCCGUGUGCGCGGAUUGGGGGGUGAUAGCAGAGCAGCUGAGCAGCGCUAUCAUCGGCUAUGGCGGGCUCUGCAGUCUUCCCAAAGCUUGAGCACUUCUGGGGGGGCAGAAUGGUGGAGCAGCAUGGCGGAGUCAUGCAUUACUUCUGCUCAAGCUUUGUUCCCCUGGUCGUGAAGAAGUUGAACAGCGGUGGUCCUUCCAGGCACAAGCGAACGGUUUCCCAUCGACAGCGCAUCUUCAUCCUCUUGCUAACCCUGUGCACUGUAGUUGGAUUGCACUUCAGCUGGACUUCCCAAGAAAGUGUGUCUUUAUCUGUGAGCAAGGAGCCAUUGCUAAUCUAUCAGCAGUACCACAGUGUGGGAGCUCAUUCCCAUCUUUACAACAGCACGUUUCUGUAUCGGGGUCUCAAUCAGGCGGAAGGAUGCCUUCGCCCCAGCUCACGAGACUUGGACGCGGUUCCUCUUCUCAAGAUCAACACCGACUCCUACUACCAGAAUCUCAUAUGUGAAUACACUGGCAUCUUAGCGGUCGCCGCUCAUGCAAGAGCGUUGCAUCCUCGCCCCUGGGUUGGCUUUCAAAGCUGGAGGGCAGCUCAGAAGGGGUUUGCUCUCCAACCACGGGCAGAAGCGUCUCUCUUGAGCGCGAUUAGCAGUCGGGCGCACGGGGACGCGCUCUACUUCUGGUCGGAUGGCGGGUUUCCGGGGGAGCACAUCAGUGACUUUUACGGGCAUUGCAACUUCAUACACGAGCACUGCAGCAGAGUCUUUGCUGACGUCACGAAAGAAGUCUUGGGUCGCCACGCUGCCGACCCAGCCGCGUACUCCGGGGCACCCCCGAUGCCGGUCGACGGCGGGACGUACGCUUUCAUGAGCUACUUCGUUCUGCCCACGGAGAGCCUAGUCGAGUACGCUCGUUUUGCAAAAGCGGCGAUCGUGGCUUUGGACGACUCGUAUUACUACCCGCACAAGGACGGCGGGUUCUGCAUCAUGGCGCACGGCGGCGGGGGAGCAGAUGCUGCCUACGAGUCGAGUCACUGUUACUGCUACAUCCUGGAGCGGCUAAUUAACGUGUGGGCGUACCACACUGGCAGGCGCAUGAUCUAUGUCGACGCCACAACGGGGAAUAUGGAAGAACAGCACGCGUUAUCUAAUCGCACAAUGUGGAUGCAAUGGUUUCAGCCUCCGCACUUUGAAGAGAGCCUAGAGAAAUUUGAGACGUUCCAUAACGAGAAUGGAAACGGUCGAAACCUGUUACGGCGAUUAAGUGAACAGGGAUAGAUAUGGGCACCUGAGCGGUGAGGUUCACUCCACAGAUGCGGAUAGGCACGCCAGUCAAAGGUGUAAAAAUCAGGUCUUAAGCUGCCCUUAUCGUUGACUACAAGGUUUGCUACUGGACCUCCAAGGUAAAAUACGGAAGAGCCGCAUCGAACUUAGGACAGGGUACAGUUCAGAUGCACCAGACUUGGAAAGGUUAGCGCGCGCGUGUCAGUCCUCGCUUUUAGUCUUAGACAGCAAGUUUAAGGGUUGUACGUAAGUAGCACCAACCCUAAAUCACAACAGUGCCAACUUGGCAAGACAUGCGAUGCAACCAAUCCUGUACCAAAGCUCCAAUCUAUAGAAAAUUGACAGUCC